GGCUGGUUCGGGCCGCGCCGCGCCGCCCCGCGCAUCCACAGCCGCGCUGAGACGAGGGGAGAGAGGGGGCGAGAUGGCGUCGUGCGUGGGGAGCCGGACCCUGAGCAAGGACGACGUAAACUACCGCCUGCACUUCCGCAUGAUCAAUGAGCAGCAGGUGGAGGACAUCACGCUAGAGUUCUUCUACCGCCCGCACACCAUCACCCUACUCAGCUUCACCAUCCUCAGCCUCAUGGCCUUCGCCUUCACCAGGGAUGAUUCUGUACCAGAAGAUAAUAUUUGGAGGGGUAUCCUCUCUGUGAUUUUCUUCUUUCUAAUCAUCAGUGUUCUAGCUUUUCCUAAUGGACCCUUUACACGUCCUCACCCUGCUCUAUGGAGGAUGGUUUUUGGUCUCAGUGUGCUCUAUUUUCUGUUCCUGGUGUUCGUGCUCUUCCUCAACUUUGAGCAGGUAAAAGCAGUGAUGUACUGGCUGGACCCUAAUCUUCGAUAUGCCACAAGGGAAGCAGAUAUUAUGGAGUAUGCAGUGAACUGUCAUGUAAUCACCUGGGAGAGAAUCCUCAGCCAUUUUGACAUAUUUGCUUUUGGACAUUUCUGGGGCUGGGCCAUGAAGGCUCUGCUGAUCCGCAGCUAUGGGCUCUGCUGGACUAUCAGCAUCACCUGGGAGCUCACUGAGCUCUUCUUCAUGCACCUUCUGCCUAAUUUUGCUGAAUGCUGGUGGGAUCAAGUCAUUCUGGACAUCCUGCUUUGUAACGGGGGUGGCAUCUGGUUGGGCAUGGUAGUUUGUCGUUUCUUGGAGAUGAGGACCUAUCACUGGGCAAGCUUCAAGGACAUUCACACAACCACAGGGAAGAUCAAAAGAGCUGUGUUACAGUUCACCCCAGCCAGCUGGACCUACGUCCGCUGGUUUGACCCAAAGUCUUCAUUUCAGAGGGUGGCUGGAGUCUACCUUUUCAUGAUUAUUUGGCAGCUAACUGAGUUGAACACAUUCUUUUUGAAACAUAUCUUUGUGUUCCAAGCAAGCCACCCUUUAAGCUGGGGGAGAAUUCUCUUCAUAGGAAUCAUUACAGCACCCACUGUAAGGCAAUACUAUGCUUACCUCACAGACACACAGUGCAAGAGGGUGGGAACUCAGUGCUGGGUGUUUGGGGUAAUUGCCUUCCUUGAAGCUAUUGUGUGCAUCAAGUUUGGACAAGAUCUUUUUUCCAAAACACAAAUACUGUAUGUUGUGUUUUGGCUUCUCUGUGUGGCCUUUACAACUUUCCUGUGUUUAUAUGGAAUGGUUUGGUAUGCAGAGUACUACGGCCACCGAGAAAAGACCUUAUCAGAAAGUGAAGACAGUCCAUACAGUCCAGAUGCUUCCUGGCUUCAUUCUAAAUUCAGCAGAGCAGGUGCUGACAAUAGUCCACCAAAACAUUCAGUCAAUAGUGAAAGCCAUUCAUCUAGAAGGAGGAAUCGACACUCCAAAUCAAAAGUAUCAAAUGGAAUUGGCAAGAAAUAAGAGUGGUAUCUAAAGACAUUCUACAGUGUGACCAGAAGUGACAAAGAAGAUCAGACCCGGCUCUGAAUUACGAAAUGGAAGACCAUUUUUAAAAUAAAGUUUAAAAAAGGAGGUGUUGAUGAGAAGGAUGAUGAAGAUGGAACCACCAGUGUAGCGCAGAUUGUUGCCUGAUGACACUUGCCAUUCACUGAUCUAAACUGUUGCCUGAUGACACUUGCCAUUCACUGAUCUAAACUGUUGCCUGAUGACACUUGCCAUUCACUGAUAUAAAUCUAGUUUCUUCAGUAGGUGGCAUCAAAAGUUCAUGAGGGGUAUACUGGAAAAAAAAGUUGUUAUGUCAUAGCAGGUACUCCCUGGUUUGUGUUCAGGUGUUGCAAGGUCAUUUUUAAUAGAUUAGUUGAGGACUUCAACCCAAAGGUUAGUAAACUGAUAGUGAGUUGGUGUAGUUGACUGAAUUUUUUGGUUUGGUUUAUUGUGUUGUUUUCUAGAAGAGUAUGCAACCCUUUGACUAAAAGCAGCUCUGCCUUUUCAGUUUCACAACAAAACUUUCCCAUGCAACUGUUAGUAAGUAUUUAAAAAUUUCAUAUUGCUUGUUUUUAUUUAAAGGCUCUUUAGGCCUUAUGUCAGGGUUCAACCAGGAAGGAAAUGGGUCCAGGUUUCUUGUAAAGGAUGUGAAAUUGAUUUUCAAACACAGGGAUUUUUUUUUUCUACAUUGUCCUCCUGCUUAAGUCAUACAUAUUCAAUUUUUAAAAGUUUUUAAAAUACAUAUAUAAAAAUUGCUUCAUAGUAGAGGGCCAUGCCUCCUGUCCUCAGUGACAGAGGUCAUGUUAUUUCAUUGUUUUUCCUCCUCUACUGUAGUGUGUUUUGCAUUUUCAAGUGUAAAUAUGUCUUUUUUUCAUGUGUGCCACAUUGUGUGCAGUGUUUCUUCCUACUUCCUUCUAUUUGCUUCCAUCCUAGCUGGACCCAGAAAUCAGUUUUCAGACUGAUAUCAGGAACUGCUUUGAAGGCUCAGAUGCCCUGCUUGAGCUUGGUGAUAAGGCAGUUUUUUGCUGAAGCUGCGUUGCUUACUAUCUCCAUAAACAAUUAUUUGUGAAGACUUGCAGUAGUGUUUGGUGUCUGAGAGGCAGCAUGAUGUGAUAGAGCCCAUUGCUUUGGUGUUUCCUGUCAUGCAUCAGAUACUCAAAAGCAAAGUCUCUUUUUUCUGUCUUGCAGUUUGGUAUUUUUUUUGAGAAGGGUGAUUUACUUUUUGUCUGAGUGUUCUUUUGGGUUUUUUUAAUAUAUUAAUUGUGACAUCUAGCAAAGUGGAUGAUUCUCCAGCAGUGAAUGUAAUGAUUAAGUCAAGAGGUAAGCAAUCAUGAGCAAUGAGUUUCUGUAUCAAGUUAUCAAAAUGUUUUAGUGCCAAUUAAAUUUCGAGAUUCAAGGCAUUCAGAGGGGUAGGUAGCUUAAGCAAGGAUAAGUGAUGCCCAUUAGUUACUUAGUCUUUAUGAGAAAAUAGGAUUUGCUUUUUCUUUGACUAAUGUUACUGUGAUUUGCCACAGGCUAGGUACUAAAGAAAAAAUGCAGCAGAGAUUUUAUGCAAAUGUAUGAUACUGUAAAUAGAAGAAAGUAUCCUGUGUAAUCCAUCAGUUCCUAUGUGCCACAGAUUAUCAAUGUUUUCAAUGCACUUAAGUGUUGCUGCUGAGCUCUUCAGAGGCCUUUAAUUUCCUACCCUGCUUUUCAAUCAAACAUGGAGCUUGGAAAGUGAUGUAGUAGGAGCUGCUGUAUCAUCAUUGCCACAGUGACAUUUAAUGUUACAUAAAAAAUAUGUUAGGAAGACUUUCAGGCUCUCCUACAACUACUUGGUUUUUAUUCACACUAUAGCAAUUCCAUAUAUUGCCUUUGUAUUUGUAAUGUACUACAUAUUGAUGAAUGUAUUUGUAGAUUUCUUUGUAUACUGAGACAUGUUAUUUCUUUUAUUUCCUUGGUUAAAAACUCAGUCUGUGUAAGACUGAAGAGUGGCAUUGUAAAUUUUCUAUUGAUUCAAUACCAAAGCAAGAGAUUUGAAAUCUAAUGGUUUGGGUAUUUUAAGUACUGUGGAUUUCCAGUGUGAGAGCCUAUUUUGUACUUGCAAGGGGUAUACACACCAACUAUGUAUACAAAGCUUACAUGUGUAAACAGAUGCUGAAGUACAUCAUCUACCUGCCUUGGGGACAAGCACAUGUUGUGCAAAUGUAGGCCUGGUGCUCACAUUGCCGAACUGCACCCUAAAAAUACUCGAAAGAGAAAUAUUGAAGUGUCAUCUUGAUGGAAGCUGACUUCUGUACACUAUUACAACAGCUUUGUUCUGAAAAAAUGUUGUUUGACAACACAUUUAAGUUAUUUCCAAUUAAGUUUUUUUACUUUAAAUGUUUGUGUUUGGUUGGGUUUUUUUGGUUGUUGUGUGGUGUUUCAUUUGGGGAGGGGUUGGGAGGGUGUUGGUUGUUUGGGUUUUUUUGUUAUUUGUUUUCAGGGUGUUUUGGGGGUUUUUUGGUUUGGUGGUUUGGGUUUUUUUCUUGUGUUUUGGGGUUUUUUUCUUUCUUUACUUUAAAAGAGAGAUUGCUAGGGGAAAGGGAAACUUAAGUAAACUAUUCAAGUGCUGCUUGGUAAAUGGCACUUUGUCUCCUGUAUCAGCAGUUCUGGCUGGAAUUCUCAUGUGUUCUCACAAGUCCUCCACUGACUGACAACUGUAUUUUCAGCCCAUUUCUUUGGAUGUGAGCUUUGCGCUGGAAGGCAUCGGAAAGGUGCUUUUGAUCACUGCUGUAAAAUUAGUGAUCUCAGUUUUAUCGGCUACUGUGCUGUUGCUGAAUUCUGUACGUGUGUAACACCUAUAAAUGACAAAUCACUGAACUGUUUAGCAACAAGCAUCCAUGUGUGAGUUCUGCUGCUUGAACAGUGUUUUGUAACAGUCACAGAUGUGCUGUCCUGUUUUAAACUACUUGUUCUGCCACAACCUCUCAUUCCUGCUUCCCUGCUUCUGAUGUUCUUUCCUUUCUCUGUCCUCCAGUGAUCUCCCGUGCUGCUGUGGAGAGAUUGGAGUUGGCUCUCCAGAGGCUGUCCAUCAAUGUCAGUCAUUGAAGGGAGGCUAAUUUGAGGCAGCGUGGUGUAAGCAGAGGGUGGUGGCAAGAACCUGAAGUAGAUUAAAUAAAAAUGGAGAGUUUAAAAACAGAUUUAUACAAUGAAUCAGAGCUCGUGUUGAGUACUGAGUUGCAGUAUUAAGGUUGCUGCAUGGAUUAUACACCACAUCUUGUUAAAUAUUUUGAGCGUGGUUUCGACCAAUUCUUUUGUUACUCUUCUGUGAAGAUCAUAAUUUUAUGUUCCAGCUUUUAAAACUUUUUUUUUUACUUUGUUAUCACAAGAGGACACAGAUGUUACCACAUGUUUAAUAAUUUUUGAAUAGAAUUGCUUUCUAUUGGUUGCAAAGUAUUGUAUUUAGCAAUAAUUGUGUAAACCAAGCCAUGUCACUGGAGUGUGUGUUUGUCUGUACCUGUAAGGCAUAGGAAAUUGACAUACUGCCUUUAGAAGCUCUUAUGUUUUAUUCUAAGUGAAUGAAUUUUGACAAAUGCGGUGGUUCCUGGGCAGCCUACAGUGAACUCUCAGGUUUUGCUGUAAUUUAUUAUUUUGGGGCAGCAGAUCUGAUAACAAGAACAGUUACAUUAUCCCUUCUGAAGUUUUUCUAGUAUACAGGAUCAGUUCUUGUCUUACUAGUUCUUUUGGGGUUUUAUUUAUUGUUGGAUGGGAGAGCUGAGUUGCAAGAUGGUCGCAUGGCAGACCUUCAGGGAAGAAACGAGGCCUCCUGUACAGGGGACUGCAGGACAGGCUGUCACCAAGUAAACAGCCAGUACAAAGUGCCACUGAGUGCCUAAAUCACUUUGCUUUGCCUUCUACUGCUGACAGUUCCCACAACAGGUCUUUACCUAAGACCUGUUGUGAGCUGUUGAUUGCUCUUCAGAGCCAGAUGUGUAGUUUGUAAAGGAGCGCAGCUUUCCUUUUCUUCAGUUCCUUCUCUGUACAGACAUUGAAUACUGGGACUUUCUGAUUUGCAGGGAAGGGCUUUCCUUCAACAUCUUUUUGAAUUCUGGUUUACAGAGAGGCCAUAGUUUCUGAGGUAGUAGUAAAGUUAGGGAUAGCCUAACUUAAGGACUUAAGCUUGUUCAUAGUGUGGGAAGAACAGCUGAAGUCAAGUGUUCAGUUUGUAAACCUCUUCUGAAGGGUGGGAAAAUACCUGAUUAAAAAUUUGUAGGAGCCACCUCUCUCAGAACACUGCUUACUACAUUAGAGAAGGGGAGGGUGUUUAUCUUUUCAUACUUCAUUAAAGCAUUAAAAAUACUGGGGAAAAAAUGGAACAAUGGAAGAAACUUUGUGUAAGAAGCAACACUUCAAAAAUGUGCUCCUUGAUAAGCAUGGUGCUCUACUGCAUUUGAACAAUCAAUCUUUGUUUUAUGUCUUGGUAGUUGCUGUUGAGGGUGGAGCUUAAUCAGCAGUGUCAGAUGGGCCUAGUGGCUUCAUUUGUGCACAGUCACCCUGUGACAUAACUUGCACACUAUUAAGAUCAUAUGAUUUGGCCCAGACUAGAAGCUGGAGCCAAAAGCUGGCAGCAUGAUUGAAAUAGGUGUUGGUGUGCCUAAUUGAGUGUCUGAGUGCUCACAUUCAGCUCUGUCCUGUUAAUGUCUGCAUGGGCCUAAGCACUACUCUCCUGAGGCACCUGUUCCCUCUGGUAUAUGCUGGAGCAUUCUAAGGUACACACAAUUGAUUUUAACCAGAGGUUUCUGAGCUGCUUGGAUGCUCAAAGUACCUCCUGCAGUACCCUGGCUCCCUUUGUCUGCAGGUGUGAUCUGCCUUCUUAUCCACACCACAGUUUUGUUCUCUGGAGCCAUGGCAGGCCUUGGUCCUAAUACAGGAAAUAAUUGUAGUUCCCUCAAGGUGCAGUUUCCCAUUUUAGUGGAAAUGUGUUUUGGACAAACACCCUGCCCAUGUUACUCACUUUUGCUUUAGUGUGGCUGGUCAGGAAUUGGGCACUUACAUAUUACUCUAAGAAAGUAGGAGUAGGAAACCAGAAGCACUUCAUGCAGUGGGCUGAAAGGUACAAGGACACCCAGACUCCUGGCUUAUGCCCAGCAGGGCACAUGGGCUGUUACCUUUAUGCCUGCUCACUCCUCUGUCAGUGCUGUGGCUGCAGGUGCGCCUCAGGUGCCUUCCUGUGCUGCUUUCAUGUGCAUGAGCCCCCCUGAAGCCAGCUGAUAGUCAGGCUCUGCCGCUUCCAGCUUUUUUUGGACUGAGUAACACGCCUUUCAGACAUGUCAGCACAGAGGGCUUCCCACUGGCAGUGUGAAGAUAAUACAUAGGCUUUCAGGCUUGCUCCCAUUUUCUAUUGUACCAAUGAAGCCAGUUACCUGCCUGUACAUAAGAGCCAUAUGCAUAAACCAUGAGGGUGACUCUAGGAACCCAGUUUGGGUCUGGAGAAAGUACUUUGGUUUGGUUGGAUUGUUUGUUUCUGGAUGAUUCUAGAUCUGCUGUUGCUUUUUUGCAAUGAUGCUAUCCAUCUGAAGAACAUCACAAAGAGUAGAUCCUGCACAAGUCUCCUGUUGUAUGUUUGAGACCUGUCUGUUCACUUUGGGCAGCUGCUUAGCAAAAUGUAUCAAAUUCCUUUGUACUCUGAGUCCAAGUCAUGAUUAUCUCAAAGAACUUUGGAAAUUUGAGGUGUUAAUUUUUAUAUCCAGCUCCUUCCUGUGUCUUUAAUUUGGACUGUAUCUUUUCCUGUUACUGUCAUUUCUCAGUGAAAGACAAGAAUUGGUCUCUCAUGCUUGGAUUUUGUUUUUCUCAUAAAGGAGCAGUCUUGCUCUCAACAGUCUAAAUUGUAUUAUGGUAAGACCAAGUGAGUUUUUACUUCAGUGCAGAAAAAAAAGCAAGUGUGGGAAAGAACGCAAAUUAUAAACAUUGAAUUCCUGUAAUCAGCAACAGUAUGAGUGCCAGACUAUACUAAGGAUACACAUGGGUUCAAUUUUCAUCGUUUUUGAGAAUCUCAGUUUUCAGAUGAUCAUGAAAUAGCUGCAUGGCUUAUUUAAUGUUUUUAGAGUAGGGGAAUUUACAGCAGUAGCAUUCCUGUGGCUGUGAUCCAAAGUAUGUUCUACAACUGCUGUGCCCUCCAGUUCAGUAUUUUAGUGGUUCUUGCUCAAAAAACAAUGCAUAAAAUAGCUGUGUGUGUUUGUAUAUGUACAUAUAAAUCUACCAGAUGAACUUUCUCAUCGAAAUGCUUAGAGCCUGGUUCAGUACAGUCUCUGUGACAAUGACUACAGCACAUCUGAGCAUUUGGAAGCAUCCAAGUCUGUCUGUACCCCUGGAAGCUCCAGGAGCAGUAGGCAUUGAUCUCAGUUGCAGCCCCUAGGUGAUGCUGUAACACAAACACACAAAGAAUAUUGACCUGCAUUUUCAAAUGUUGCUUCUAAUUUUGGGCUACUGGCUUGAGCCACCCAGGCUUGGUUUUAAAGGUUUCAUAACUCCCGUUGACUUUAAUUACAAGUGCCAUGCACACAGUCCUGCAAAGUGCCCUUGUUGUCAAACUUGCUGCAGAAUAACCAAAGCAAAAUAAAAUCAAAUUAAUAGCUUUGAGAA